AUGAAGUUUAUAUUGAGUAUUCUGUUAGCCAUGGCUGUCGUUGCUGCUUGCCAGCCCAUUGGCGAAGCCCCGAUUCCGGCUUCCGUUUCAGCUGAAAAAGUCGUUGUGGCAAAAUCCAUCGAGUCGAGUGACUCUGCCCAACACGAUUUGACUCCAAAUGAAUCGUCUGCUAAACAUUUCGGCCAAGGUGGAUUUGGCCACGGACAUGGAUUCGGACACGGAUUUGGACAUGGACAUGGAUUCGGACAUGGGCAUGGACAUGGACAUGGAUUCGGACAUGGGCAUGGAUAUGGGCACGGAUUCGGACAUGGAUUCGGCGGAUUAGGUGGAUACGGAGGUUACGGACUUGGUGGAUUGUAUGGAUUCCCUGGAUACGGCUUUCCAGGUUACGGUUACGGACUUGGUGGGUUAGGAUACGGCUUUGGCAGAUAA